GAGAUUUCCUCAUUAAAACACUAUUGAGAAGCUAAUUAACUGCAUUUAAACGUGUGUGUUACACCUUGCGCUAUCAACUUGUAUCCUUAAAUGGCUUCUGUAAAAUCAAGUAAUUGUGAUGAGUCUCUUGGAAAUGAGUGUGCAAUUUCGAUUUCAACCAUAACUUCUCCUGAAGUACCGAGUCAGGGCACGAUAGAUCGUGCAAUUACGGAAAAGCAGGUGAAAAAUGUGCGAGCAAAAAUAAGCUACUACUAUUCUGGUACUAAAGGAUAUUUUCGGGAAUACUGUGAGAGUACAACUAUCCAUGGCUUCAAGUACUUAUCAGAAAAACGGUCAAUAUGCGAGAGGGUUGAAGAUAUGAGAAGGAUAACUCAUCAAGAGUAA